GUGCAUCCAUAUAAUGUUUAUAGUUGAAUCAAAUACCUAGAGUUAUAAUCUCGUUUGGCAUAAGAUAUUGUUUAUAUUAAAUAUUUAUGUUUAGUGAUGAUAAAAUGUCGCGCUUAAUAGUUGUGACAUUUGCUUCUGUAAAUCACCAAUCGUGGCCUUCGUGUCCAAACUAAAGAAUAUAUUUUAGAAUUUUAAAAUUGGACACUAUCCAAUUUUUAUUCUGGAUCAUUUUUAUAGUUCACUUUUAAUAGUAGGUCUUAGCUAAAUACGAAUCUUUAAAGAUGCCAGAACUCACAGUGAGAUCAGAAAUAUAUGAUGAAUAUAACUACAAAACUGAGAUGAAACCAAGUAAAGAAGGCAAUGUGAUAUCGCUAUUUCCAUUUUGGGUACCGGCCAGGAACAAUACUUUAAAAUUUGAUGAAGAUGAUGACUUGGAUGUUGAAAGACGGCAUAAGGAAGUAAUUAAAAUAGAACACAGUUCAAAAACAAAAAUCGCUAUGGUCGGAUUACAAGUAUGGCGAGGUGCAUUCUUAUUGGGCGAUCUCUUAAUACAUUUGGGUGAAAGUUUGAAUGGGAAGGCAAUAAUGGAACUCGGAGCUGGUACAGGAUUGACGAGCUUUGUAGCCGCUAUUUAUGCAAAGAGUGUUGUUUGCACUGAUAUAAAUAUAGGAGGUAUACUGGAUUUAAUAAAAUUAAAUGCGAAAUAUAAUACAAAACUUAUCAAAUCUCAGUUCAAAGUGAUGCCACUGGAUUUCACAAACACCGAUUGGGAUGGAUCUCUGUUAAAUGAAAUUAGAAAAACAGAUAUUUUUAUUGCUGCAGAUGUGAUUUACGACGACGACGUUACGGCGGCAUUCGUGUCGACCAUAGAGAAGAUAUUGAAUAUAGAACCGCCAAAAACUAUAUACAUAGUGUUAGAAAAACGUUACGUGUUCACAAUAGAACAUAUGGACUCAGUGGCGCCAUGCUACGAAACAUUCCUGUCAUUGUUAGACAAAAUAAAGUUGAAUAGUCAAUGGACGACAGAAAAAAUACCCUUAGAUUUUCCCAAAUAUUUCACAUACGACCGUGUCAAGGAACUGGUCUGUUGGAAGAUCACAUCAAAAAGUAUAUCGGCACAACUGUGAUAACAUAAAUAAUAUUAGCAAA